CUCGGGAACAUGAAGGAACAUGAGCUAGAAUAUUAUUUAAUGGAUGGCUUCCCGUAAGGAUUAUUGGACAGUACAUUUUUACUAACAUCCUACAGACUACACGAGCUCGUGCGAUCAACAGAGUUUGAGCAGAACUCGUGCAGAACCGUCUAGGGACAUAGAUGGUUCUGUACUACUCGCUUGUUGGCUUGUUGGGAUAAGCGAGAAUUAUAUUAUUGGGCCAAGGCUUACUUCCCGGGGAAGUACAAGUUCUUUUUUUCUUCUCACUCGGUUCUCACUACAACCUCGAAUCUCCGCUGGCCAGAGUUUCAAGGAUAUUCACCGUAUACAGUUCAAAAUUUCUCCCCGUUCGCGCUUCCUUCUCCACCAACAGUAGCCUCAAAUGUUAUUUCGCACCAUCGUCCUUUUGCAGUUUAUCAUGGAUGCUUGCACUGUGUGUAUUGCUGCCAGCAUACCUCAAAGAAUGGCUACUCCACAUUGUAGAGGUUCAUACCAGACUCCUGAAAUCGGUAGAUCCUUGAGGGACAGGGAUUCGAUAUCACUGGAAGCAGGGUCCUUGGAACGUAGACUCGACUCGCAAGAAAUACGAAAUAGGAAAUGGGCUGAACAACUCAAUGAACCUUGGCUUGAUUUCUGUCCUGAUGAUUGCGAGGGAUUUGGUCAAAACAGUGAUUAUUUCCGAGAGGAUAUUUCGAAGAAAAUAGUCAAGCGCGUGCCCCUUUCGAACACGGGAGCCUCGAGAAACAUUUUCACAUUACCCCGAGAUUCCAAAUACAAAGUGGAUUCGAGCGGUAAAACCUACAAAGGCGACGACAUCGCCUUAAAGUUUGUUGAUUUGAGCAAGCGAAAUGCUGCAUGCGAAGUCGUGUCACUUCAGUAUUUCGAAUAUUUCAUAGAUGCCGGGAUAGUGAAGGACGAUCCGGGAACUGGCGUCAUUGUUAUGAAGAAACAGCCUGGAAAGCCACUGCACAAGAUUAAGGUUUGGCAGGAAGCUCCACUCAAACAAAAACUCGCGAUUUACCACAAGGUUCAGAGCACUGUUUGCAGCAAGAUUUAUGAUUGGAUACAGAGACGCGAACUGCUAUAUUCUGACUUCACCCCUUUAAACAUUCUUGUCAUACUUAAUGGAAAAGGCGAGUUGAUACGACUAAAAAGUGUCAAGAUUGUAGACUUCGGCCCCCCAGGAGUUGUCGAAACGAAAUAUACCCCAACACCACAAGUAUUCGAACAGUUCUUUAGUGCGCGAUGGGAUUUUUUGUGGGAGCCACUCGUGGUGAUACCUGAAAAAGAAAAGCCACGCAGCGCUUGCCCAGCCCUAAUACAGUGAUCCAGGUGGACUAUUGUUCAAGUAACAACGGGAUAAACAACGGUAGCAUCUAAAAUGUGUACAUACUGGAGCUAAUUGACCCUCUGUCAAGCAUCGGUAUAGCAUUAAGCUGGUCUGCUUGGUGC